CUCCAUUCUGUUUCUUUCUUUUCCCUUCCGAUGCUGCGAACACAGCCACCAAUCCACGCCUAGUUCCCCUUGGCAUCGCAAAACGCGGGGGCGGAGACGGGGUUCGCUGCAGCAACCCGCGUUGCUUUUUUGGAACGGGAUGAUGCCAGGCUCAAGCCGAUGGAGCGGGACGUCCCUCACGUGGUGUCAGAAAUGUUGCAAGACCGCGAGAGCCCACCCUCCUUUGCUGCUGUUAAUACCUCUCAUUCAAUUGGUUGGGUCUCACAGUUGUGCCAUGUUGUCCAGGCCCUUUUGGGUCUUGGUCACGGUGAAUUGAGUUUUAUUGGUUCGAUGACCAGGGGGGAUCUCGAUGUCGGCUCUCGGAUUUUAAGUCUUCUCGUGUUUAGAAGAGAACCACCUCGAGCGCCAUUGAGCUCGUCUUCGACAGCGUCUUUCAUUCGCUCUGGACGGGCCUGGGGAGAGCAUAUCUACCCUUUACGAUCUGAUGACAAAAGGUGGCGUUGCCCUCCUGCGGCGUUCACCAGGCCACCUAAAAUUGAGGAGGCAGCAGAGAUCCAUUAGUUUAGAAUAUUUCUUGGCUUAUGGAAAAUCAGCAGCAACGGAGAUGUACUCGACACCCCCGCCCCCCGGGGGGUGAUAUAAUAUAGCAAUGGCUAGGAUAAGAGAGUGAUCGACCCCUUUGACACGUCUGACAAUCCCUCGGCUUGCCGGCCCCCCCCCCCCUUCAAGUCAGUUCGAGAACAGGCAGGUCGACGCUGAUCAACGUCGCAGGACAAAGGACGGGCAUGACUGUAAAAGGAUUCAGCAUGGUUUUAGAAAAGGGGGCUGUGUUGCAAUGGGGUCAUCAGAAUUGUCAGAACAACGGGAUCCAGGCCGACGGCCUGAGUGCGUCGAGGCCAUCUGGCUCUAUUUCAUCUCUCGCUCGACGCUGUGCUUUCUCUGACCUGUGAACGUUCCGGCACAGGUAGUGAGCAUGGGCGACUAAGUACUUACCUAGGUAGCUAGCUUGCCUGAACUAUAGAUGAAAUAAGUUUGGAGCGG